UGGAACCAAAGUGUAUUGAGCAUUGCAUACGUCCAGCAAGUCAGUAGGAGCUACAUAAUUACAAGGCUUUAAAACAGUUUCAUUUAAGGGAGAGACAGCGUCAGAGGAUGAUGUUCAGUCUCAGUUUUUGCUCGUAAAGUUUUAGUCCAUUACAGAUUUUUUUAACGGUGUUAAGUGUUCCAGGGCAGGUUUCAGGGGAAAAUAAAAAAUACCACUAUUUUUCGUCUCACUAGUGAAUUUCGCAGUUUUGCAGUCGUGGUCUGUUAAUAAAACAUAAAAAAUGCAGCAACUGUUCAAGAAGUUCUGUUAAUGAAUAGAUUUCUGGAAAUUGGAAAGUUUUGUGAAAAUUAACUUUUUUAAACCUGACAAAUUGUUUGAGUUUAAGUUUUAACCAGUUUAAUAAUGGAACUUAUUAAUAUCAUGAAUGGUAUGUAAAUCAGUGAAAUGUGCUCGGGUGUUCAAGAAAUAUGCAUUUUCCAAGAUGAAGAUGCGUCUUUAACUUAACUGAAGUAAAUAAUUAGUCGUGUUUGUGACUGUUUGUUUCUCAAUUGUGAAAUUCCGGAACUAAAUAUAAUCAGCCACCAUUAUGGACGAAGACACAAGUAUAGAAGCUGCAGAGCAUCAUUCUUGUGGGAAUGAGACUGUUUCUGAAUACUCAAGGUUUCCUACCUGGGCCUUAAAUUUUGGUGCUGCCUCAAUAGUAAUAGUCAUAAUUGUCGGCAUUUUGGGAAACGCUCUGACCAUCAUUGCCCUGUCGAGAUGCCAGCGCGUAAGGAAUGUUGCGACUGCUUUUAUUAUCAGCCUUUGUGUAGCCGACUUUCUAUUCUGUCUCCUCGUGCUUCCCUUUAGUGCGUCCAAUUUUAUUCACAGAGAUUGGAUUCAUGGGAGUAUGCUUUGCACACUGUUUCCUUUGAUGAGAUAUGGCAAUCUUGGAGUCUCCCUCUUGUCAAUUACAAUGAUUACGAUUAACAGAUACAUGAUGAUAACGAGUCACAAAUUAUACUCGAGAAUUUACAAACCCGUCGGAAUUGGAUGCAUGAUUGCGUUUUGCUGGGUGUUCAGCUUUCUCAUGCAAUUACCAACUUUACUUGGAGUUUGGGGCAAAUUCGGAUAUGACAAAAGAUUAAAGACGUGCACAAUUAUUGAAGGAGAUAACAAAAUAUCAUCAAAAACGGCCCUGUUCCUCACUGCAUUCGUCAUCCCAUGCACAAUCAUUGUGUUCUGUUAUGCCAGAAUUUUCUGGACUGUGCACAAAUCCGAAAAUCGCAUGAGACGUCACUCUGCUCGUUCUGAUGUUCGCGAAACAAGAAAUCGAAAAAAUGAAUGGCGAAUUACUAAAAUGGUUUUGGUAAUUUUCAUCUCAUUCGUAGCUUGUUAUCUCCCCAUAACCAUUGUGAAAGUUGCUGACAAAUGCGUUAAUUAUCCUGUGACUCAUGUCGUUGGAUAUGUCUUGGUUUACAUGUCUGCUUGUGUCAACCCAAUUAUCUACGUUUUUAUGAACAAACAGUACAGAAUGGCGUUCCAAGCAGUUUUGUGCCCGUCUAGUCUACAAUCUGUUACACGAGUUACCUUUCACUCCAACAAGUCAAAGACUGGAGGAUUUGACGGAAAUAGUCAAACACAAGUGUCAAGAAUGUCAGUGACCAACGCUAAUUUUGUAAUUAGAGAAUCGGAAGAUAGGUUUUGAAAGAACUACCAAUUGGUAGAUUUGUGAGCAAUGUUUAAAUAAUUGAUGAAAAAUAUUUAUUUUUAAAUUAUUGACUAGUUAUGCGAUGUUGUACAUGAAUGAAAUAGGUUAUUUGUUUUUAUUACGACUUUCGAUGUUGUUUACUGUUAUCACGUAUGGAUUUUUUUUAGUCCUUUAGAGUUUUACUAGAUACAUAAGUAAUUAACAUAGUUUUUACUACUAAUUUAACCUGUUUUUACUUUGGUUGAUAUACAUAAAUGAAAAAAUAAACUUUUCUAAUCAAUA